CGACGCAUUACGUGUCUACGUGUUUACGUCGGGAACCGGAGCUCCGAGGUGUUUUGCUUCUUCGCGUCGCAGAGAAAGAGACCGGCAGAGCGGACGGCUUAUUUUUAUUGGCGUUUACGGGUUGUUUAUUGAGCGGGAGACCCACGGCACGAAGGCGAGGACUGCUGACCGUACCGGCUCGUUGCUAUGGCCUACGCGUACCUUUUCAAAUACAUCAUCAUUGGUGACACGGGAGUGGGGAAGUCAUGUUUAUUAUUACAGUUCACAGAUAAGCGGUUUCAGCCAGUGCACGACCUCACAAUCGGCGUAGAAUUUGGUGCACGGAUGAUCACUAUUGAUGGCAAACAGAUAAAACUGCAGAUCUGGGAUACAGCCGGCCAGGAGUCCUUCCGAUCCAUAACCAGGUCCUAUUACAGAGGGGCUGCAGGGGCACUCUUAGUUUAUGACAUCACCAGGAGAGACACCUUUAACCAUUUGACGACCUGGUUAGAAGAUGCCCGGCAACAUUCCAACUCUAACAUGGUCAUCAUGCUCAUUGGGAACAAGAGCGAUUUGGAGUCACGGAGAGAGGUGAAGAAGGAGGAGGGCGAAGCCUUUGCCCGAGAACACGGGCUCAUCUUCAUGGAGACCUCCGCCAAGACGGCAUCCAAUGUAGAGGAGGCGUUCAUCAACACGGCCAAGGAGAUCUACGAGAAGAUCCAGGAGGGUAUCUUCGACAUCAACAAUGAGGCGAACGGCAUUAAGAUAGGACCUCAGCACGCCGCCACCAAUGCAGCCCUGGGGGGGAAUCAAGGAGGGCAGCAGGCUGGCGGGGGCUGCUGCUGAAGUCCCCCUGCUUCCACUCGACUGGUUGGGCAUACUAACCAUUUUUUUCUUAACCUCCAACCCAACCCCUGACAGCCCCACCCCACCCCCACCCCCCCCCCGAAUCGACUCAUUUACUAGAUGGCCGUCCGUCAAGAGCGAAGCCAAGUCCCUCACAAUCCCCGUCUAGGUCUGCGUCCCAGCCAGUGGCCCGGUCAGCCUGAGCCGGAAACGGUCUGACGGCCAACAUCUGGAGGAUUGUGUCUGUAACCUACUUUCAUUUAAUUUGUCAUCACUUUUGGUUAUCUUUUUUUUUUUUUUUUUUUUUUUUAAUAUUACUGUUGGAAUUAUUCAACCGAUUUUGUCCUUUAAGUCCUUGACUUCAAAACUGAUUUGUUCGAAACACUACGAAGGCCGUCUGAAUAUUUUAAUCAGUUUAUGUAGAGGAAGUCCUCAGCUAUCUCUGGUUACCUAAAACAACAUACACAAAAUAAUAAUAAAGUAUGCACUUCCUCAGAGCUGCCAGCCAUUUUCCUUUGGGGGCGGGGGUGGGGGGGACAGGACUGUUUUAAUUCUUUAUCAACUUUUGUUUUGUAUAUAAGUUAAUGUUUCCUCUGUGUCCCCUGAGCAAGCUACACGCACUUUAGUUUGCUGAAGUCUGUGGAGCUGAGAAAUGCCUCCAUCUUUCCGUAGUUGUAGUCCAAAGCCCGGUCUGACACCCUCUUUUAAAUCUCACCUGUGUUUCUCCGCCAGCUCCGUCUCGUUCCUGCCAUCUGCCUCUCCCCGUUAAUCCCGAAAGUGCUCAGCAUACAGAAGCUGUUGGCUCCACGUUCCCCAUCUACCCUAAUGCCAAACGUCGUGUUCCGUAUUCACGUCUCCAGAGAUGGGUCAGCUUCUUGUCUUAAAGAUGUGGAUAUUUUUCUGUUCUCUUCUUGUCCCGAAACUCCGGAGAGGCAGUGGCAGUCAGUUGUGAGGGUAUUCGUGUCCAUGCAUCUGCAUACCCUUCAUUUUUUUAUCAUUAGGGUUUGAUUUUUCAGGUUAAUUUUCUACAGAAUCUCACUGCGGAUGGACAUUAACUUAGAUGAGCGAUUGUGUAAAGACUUGCUUUACCUGGCAGUGUAUGCUGUCUAUUGUUAUACAGUGAACAUCUUGUCUAUUGUGAGAAGGGUUUGAUAAAAAAAAAAAAAAAAGCAGCCAAACCUGUAUAUUUGUGACCCUGAACUUUAUUUGCUGUGUUGAUACUUAAACUGUACACCAAUAAAUUAAAACAAUCCCUGUGGUUAACGUAAGAGAUAAUUAGUAAUCAAUGAGUACCUUUAAAUAUGCACACACUAUGUUUAAUAUGUAUUGGUGUGAGUGGGAAUUUAUAUGUGCAUACAUAUAUCCAUGCAAUUGUAAAUAAACACAUGCACUCAUUA